AAUGCGCGACCAAUGAGAGUAAGCUAAACAGAGCAAAAGACCGAAGUUUGAAUCGAAAACUUUCGUCUUCCUUAAUUCUUCUCUCAGAUUUUUACGGCGAGCCACUACUCGCUAUACAUCAGCCCCAUAUAUAUCCUGAAUUUUCUCCGGUAACUUCUUCGUAUAUAUAUACAUAUCUCUCCCAAAAACAUUUGGUUCCCGUUCGUGAAUUAGCGGUAGGGUUUCAUUUGUCUCUCCUCGACGAAUUUUGUCCCAUUGAUUGGUUCGUUUGGAUCUGAAGAGUUGUUCGAUUUUGAUCAGUCUGAAAAGGGUAUUUGUUCGUUUGCUCAAUCGAUCGAGUUUGUUCGUGGGUUCGUUCUGCUGUGGAAUAGUAUCUGGAUCUGUUAGAUUAAAGACUAGAUUUUUAUUUUUGGUUGCGAUUGAGCUGUGGGAAAAUGAAUUGAUCUUCAGGUGGGGUUGGAUCAUCUAAGAGUGUUUCAUUGAGGCUGUUAAUGAAUAUUGCUGUAAGAGAGGAGGAGAAUCUGCUUUUAAGCUAUUCGUGCUCUUUUCUGGGAUUUCUCUGUUUCUCGAGUUUAAGUUUCGGUAAGAGAUCUGCCGCCGCCGUAAACCCUAGAUUUAGAUGGGAUAAGGCGUUUUUUCAGAUUAGAGGAGAGAACGUUCCGAAUUUGACUUAGUUGAAGUGAGAUGGGUUCUUCACAAGGCUCCACACUCUCGGCUGAUGUGAUGAGCCUUGUGGAUACAUUGCCUGUGCUUGCAAAGACCCUUAUCGCUGGAGGAGCUGCUGGGGCUAUUGCUAAGACUGCCGUUGCACCUUUGGAAAGGAUCAAAAUUCUAUUGCAGACUAGAACAAAUGAUUUUAAGACUCUUGGUGUGUCCCAGUCGCUAAAGAAGGUGUUACAAUUUGACGGUCCUCUUGGAUUUUAUAAAGGAAACGGGGCAAGUGUUAUUCGAAUUAUUCCUUAUGCUGCCCUUCAUUACAUGACGUAUGAAGUUUAUCGUGACUGGAUUUUGGGAAACAAUCUUCCUUUAGGUUCUGGUCCAAUUGUUGAUCUUGUGGCUGGUUCAGCUGCAGGCGGAACAGCAGUUUUGUGCACAUAUCCUCUUGAUUUAGCUCGCACUAAGCUAGCUUACCAGGUGUCUGACACAAGACAGAGUCUCCAAGGCGGUGCAAAUGGAUUUUACCGUCAACCUACAUAUUCAGGCAUAAAAGAGGUGCUUGCAAUGGCUUAUAAAGAAGGGGGACCACGUGGGCUAUAUCGAGGCAUAGGGCCAACACUGAUUGGUAUCCUUCCUUACGCGGGCCUUAAGUUCUACAUAUAUGAGGAGUUGAAAAGACAUGUUCCGGAAGAGCAUCAAAACUCUGUUAGAAUGCAUCUACCUUGUGGAGCUUUAGCUGGUUUAUUUGGCCAGACCAUCACUUACCCAUUGGAUGUUGUUAGGAGACAAAUGCAGGUAGAGAAUCUGCAGCCUAUAACGAGUGAAGGCAACAACAAGCGUUACAAGAACACAUUUGACGGGCUUAGCACAAUAGUUAGAACUCAGGGUUGGAGACAGUUGUUUGCUGGUUUAAGCAUCAACUACAUUAAGAUUGUUCCAUCGGUUGCGAUUGGAUUCACGGUCUAUGAGUCAAUGAAGUCAUGGUUGCGGAUUCCACCGCGAGAAAGAUCAAAACCAGCAUGAGGGUCACUCUCUGAAAAUAGAGACACAGAAGACAGAAGUACUGAUAAUUUGUUAGACAGAUUUCACUUCAAUAUUUGUAACUUCCUGAGGCAAAUUUGCCCAUAAAAAUCCUUGAUAGUGAUGAUAUUCUUUGAUAAAUUAAUCAAAAAGUUAAAUUAAUUGUGAUCUAA